AUGACUGUCGCCGUGGACCCCAACUUCAAAUCGUCUUUGCCCCCACGCAAAAGAGCCAGAACCCAGGAGGAAAAGGAACAACGUCGUGUGGAGAGGAUCCUUAGAAACAGAAGGGCCGCCCACGCCUCCAGGGAAAAGAAGCGUAAGCACGUUGAGUACUUGGAAUCCUAUGUCUUGCUGUUGGAGUCCAACUUGGCCACCUUGUCUGACAACUAUCUGGCAGUGUCCAACCUCCUUUCUCAAGACAAGAUUGAUUCCCUCAACUUGCCUACCCUUCAGGACUUGACGUCUUUGAAAAACCAAAUCCAUACUAACAUGUCGCUGGUCGCUCCUAUCUCCAAGUCUUCUAAAAUGGGCUCCGUCCUGUUUGGUGACGAGGAUAUCGACGGUGACGAUAUGGAUAACCACGGCGACUUUACUGUCGAGGAUACUCCAGAAAUCCAAGUCAAGAAGGAAGAAUCAGAAGGUCUCGCCGAGCCAGCCGCUGAAGCUCCUAAGACUACCAUCAAAGUCGAGGAGCCUCAGCUGAACCUCUUGUCGGCCUCUCCUUCCGGCUACUUCAACUACCUUCUGCCUGUCUCGAUGGAUUCCCCAAUGAAUUCCCCAAUUGAUUUACAAUUGAAAAUGAGCGAGUCUGUGGAUCUCGCCGAGUCGUAUUCCGGCUCCACCACCUCGGGCUCUGUCCCUAGUACCCCCGACAUGUCCAUGCAACAUAACGAUGUCCCAAUGAUGGAUUCAGCUACUUCAGCUUUCGAUAUUAUGGCGCAAAAUCCAGCAGCGAUUUUGUCUCCAAGGUUAAUCCAGCAUUUGUUAGCGCUCUCAUUCUCACGCAUAACCGUUUGGUCCGCAGCACCAGUCGAUCCUGUUGUACAUGGUUCAUCAUUGAACACCGGUAGUAAAAUGGACGAGUUGGAUCUUCUAGGCGACAAAGACAUCUCCUUUGGUGUCAAGUUCGAGGCUGAUCCUACGGCUCUUGAUAUUGAUCAAUUCUUAUACUUGUAA